AGUGUUUAGUUCGUUGUAUUAGUGGUGUACUAAUGCUGAAAGUUGUGAAGCGGUAUCGGAAAUAUGCGUACAGUAUUUAGUGAUCCUAUGAAAACUAAGAAAGUAAAUUAGUUAAAAUUCUCAAUUUAUAUACAAAUAGGAGAAAUGCCGGGUGAAACGGUUAAUAAAAAUUUCAAAAUGUGUAUAUACAUAUUGGAUACUUAAAUAAUAUAAGUUGUUGACAGACACAAGUGAAGGUUGGAAUAAACUUUUUCCAGUUCGUGAGUGCAACCGAAAAAUGUGAAAUAAACAAAUUAUGCAUUCCCCAAUCAGGACCAGAAUAGUGGAAAAAUGACGCAACAAAAGUGAACACAAUCAGUCAAUACCAAAAUGUCGUCUAGUGCCUUCACGUGCCUUUCAAAAAUCCAUCUAAAAAUUUUAUCUUUAAUACUAAUAUAUUUUAUCAAAAUUGGUCAUGGAUGGUUGCCAAACACAAGCACAAAAUUGGUCAAUAAUGCCAACAAACUAUCUAGUAUAUCAUUUAGGGGUAAUACAUCGCAAGUCGAUCACUUUACUGUCUUGUAUCAAGACGAAAGUACUAUUUUAUUAGGAGGAAGGAACCAAGUUUACAAUUUGUCACUGUACGAUUUUACACAACGUACAGACAAUAUAAUAUACUGGCCAUCCUCAGAGGCCUACAAUCAACUCUGUAUUUUAAAGGGGAAGACAGAAGAUGAUUGCCAAAAUUAUAUCAGGAUAUUGGUCCCCACAGCUCCUGGAAAAUAUCUUGUUUGUGGAACUAACUCCUACAAACCGAUGUGCAGGAUUAUACAAGAAAAGAACGGUCAAAUGAUUGUUGAAAAGGAAAUGGGUGGUGUAGGCUGGUGUCCUUAUAAUCCAGAUCAUAACAGCACAUCUGUUUACAGCAAUGGUUACUUAUUUUCAGCUACAGUAGCCGAUUUCUCAGGAUUAGAUCCUCUAAUUUACAAAGAACCUCUUAGUACUGAACUUUCUGAUCUUUCACAACUGAAUGCUCCAAAUUUUGUCAGUUCUCUAAUAUAUGGGGAUUAUAUAUAUUUCUUUUUCCGAGAAACAGCUAUAGAGUAUAUGAAUUGUGGUAAAGCAAUAUAUUCAAGAGUAGCGAGGGUGUGUAAACAUGAUAAAGGAGGACUUCACGUGCCUCGUUGGACCACUUUCCUUAAAGCAAGACUGAAUUGUUCUGUACCUGGGGAAUAUCCCUUUUAUUUUGAUGAAAUACAAUCUACAAGCGAUAUUGUAGAAGGAAAUUAUGGUAGCGAAUCUAAUACAAAAAUAAUCUAUAGUGCUAUGACAACUCCAGACAAUGCGAUAGCUGGUUCAGCUGUAUGCAUUUUCGGCAUGGAAGAUGUUCAAAAUGUUUUCAAAGGUCCAUUUAAACACCAAGAAGGAUUUAAUAGAAAUUGGCUUCCGCUACCUGAAUCUAGUGUUCCAACACCAAGGCCUGGAGAAUGCGUACAAGAUAGUAGAGUGUUAGCUGAUAAAUAUGUUACUUUUGUUAAAACACAUCCACUCAUGGAAAAAGCUGUUCCUCCUCUUUUUGGACAACCCUUGCUAAUUAGGGUCAGCUUAAAUUAUAGAUUUACUGCUAUCACUGUAGAUUCUCAAGUUAGGACAGUCAAUCAUGAAAUAGAUGAAAAAUAUGAUGUUAUUUAUGUUGGAACAGAUGAAGGCAAAGUGUUGAAAGUAGUAAAUAUACCAAGUGCUCACUCUCCGCCUGAAGCUGUUGUUAUAUCAGAAAACGAAGUAUUUUCGAAAAUUCCUGUGAAACAACUGAAAAUUGCUCCCGGAUAUGGUAAAGUGAUUGCUAUUAGCAAUAACGAGGUGAAAUUGGUUACAUUGAACCAUUGUGAACACAUUUCACGCUGCAGUGAAUGCCUGGAGUUACGUGAUCCUCAUUGUGCUUGGGAUUCCCUUAAAGGAGCGUGUGUUAGCGUUGAUGCUGUAACAUCAUUUAGAUAUUUAAUUCAAGAUAUUAAAAAUGGAAGUGCCAUCAAGUGCAGAGCUACGUCAUUGGAUAAUGUGAAUCCUACCAAAGAAUAUGACACGAAUUCAAUAAAUACCAACUCAUUAAAUGAAAGCAAAGAACCAAAUGAUCCUUUAUUGAUUGAAGGAGAAUCUACAGAUUGCAAUGAAGUUGAUGGAGAUAAAGCUACAGGAUGUGCUUCUCAAAGUAAACUCACAUUUUACACUUCCGAAUAUUUACACAUCAUUGUGGCGGUUGCAUGUGUAGCAGGUUUAUGCGUUGGUUUUUUGUGUGGAUAUCUAGUCUCUCGCCGAUUUCAUGUGCAUUCGCAAUACCCUAAUCCACCGUUUAUUGAACAGCACAACCAUUUAGAUAGUAUAUCUCCUAAAGAAAACAAAUAUUCAAGCUUUCACAGUAUACCAGAGUAUGUUUCGCUAAGCCUCAAUAUUCAAUACCAGAGUGAAACUACUUAUGAACCAGAAAUGAAACAAUGCGAGAGUUCCAAAGAGUAAGGCUCACUGUGAACCAGACUAGUUUUUUAGCUCCGAGGACGAAGACCGUUAACUUAGACGUGUUGAAUGUAUCAACGGAUUCACUACCGCCAAAAAAAGACAAUUUAGGUUCUCUUAAAAACCUGAAUAUCACAAAUGAAGGAACUCUUCAGAAGAUAAAGAAAACAUACAUUUAAGAUUAAAAAUCCCACUUUCGUCCACAGUACUAGAAUCAGCUGUUUUUCCUCAAAAUAAUUUUGAUUCAUAUGCUUAGCAUAAUAAGAAUUUUUCGUUAAGAAAUUUAGAAAGUGGGAUCUUAUGCUUGAUGGUUUUUGUUGUACCUGCUAUUUUUCAUAGACUGCGUAAUUCAUCAUUAUCUGUCACAUACAGAUUCAAUACUUUUUCUAUCAUAAGGAAUAUUUCCCAAAAUUAAAACAAACUGAUAAGUGAAAUCUGACAUUUUUGUUAUCCUCUUAUUGACUGGAAUAACUUAUUACUCUAAGACAGAAACUAUAACUUCUAAUUUAGUCAAGGAAACUUGAUGGUUGUUAGUGAAAUCUCAAAUAAUAAAAAUAUUCUUUCAUUUAUAAUUAGAUAUAACUUAUGAAUUUAUAGACAAAAAUUUUUCCCCCUAUAUUUUGAGAAUUUCCAACUCUAUUCCCACUGCACAAUAAGAGUUAACGAGUAAAUAAAGUAUAAUUCAUAGGUUCAAGUAAUUUAAUAUUUUCAGUUGCAACAUAAAUAUAUUGUGUGAAUUUUGAAAUUUUGGGUCACAAUCCUUGAUGAAAAGUAUUUAAAUUUUUUGCUCCACAUUGUUUUGAUUAAUCAAAACAUUCGUACUCAAUGUAUAUAUAAUUUUAAUAAGAUAGGUAACACAAGCUCCAAAUUUUAAUCUAUAACGAUAAUUUAUAAACCCCCUUAAUCAAUACUGAUGACUGUAGCUAAUAGAUAAACAAAAUUCUAGACUCAAAUAUACCUUUAAUCUUUAAAAGAAAAAUUAAAAAUAAGCUUCCAAAAACGGCUACUUUAAAGAACCUUUUUUUGUAUACUGAUCAUUAAAAUAAAACUUUGUACACUAGUAUCUUCAUACUUCGAGUAAGGCUUUAUUAUAUUAUAUUGUGUUUCUUCACUACAAAAUUUCAAUAGAUUGCUGGACGAUCACAGUUCUCGUUUGUCUUUUUGUAGAUCCUUUGAGGUGCAAUAAUCAAUUAGUUUCCUCAGGUUUCCAUAGAAAAAAAAAUUGUAGUACCAUCACGUUUAGAAUUACCGAAGUCAAUUUCACUUUGUCGCUUUAUUAGUCAUAUACAGGCUAGAAUAUUUCACGAGCUGGAACGCCUAUACUUCCACAUUUUGAAACAUCAGAGUUAAAAUAUGGGCAGUGCAGUUAAUAAAAUAGGAAAUUAUUUGAUUUGUUCUUCAAACUGUUGUUGAGUUUUAACAAAAGAUACUAGUUAAUAUUAAACCUUUGAGUUUCUUUUUCUAAUCCGACAAACAAUACUCAUCAACCAUUAGUACCUACACAUAAUAAAACCUGAUAUAUAUAUUAUAAAAUAAUUUAGCAGAAAGUAUCUGGUAUGUAUUAUUAUAUAUAAUAGAAAUAUAUUUAGUACAGCAUAAAUAAAGCAAUAAUGUAAAAUAAAAUAUUGCUGAAUUAUUGUUACGAUGUUGAGUUAAAUAUUACAUUUCUUUAGUCCGUUUCUUGGAAGUUUUUUUGUAUAUAGCCUAUAAUGGUUUGGUAAAUUAGAUAUAUAUGUGAUAAAAUACAGAGAGCUCUAGCACAAAAUUCUUAUAUAAUAAAAUGAAAAUUUAUUAUUAAAAUAUAUCUAAUCCUGUCAUAUAGAUAUAUCUAAAAUAUGAACUUAUUUAAGUCGGAAAAAAGUGAUGAGUGGAAUGAAAGAUUUUCAUAAAUGUAAUCUGCAAUUAAUGAAAAUAUGGUGCCUAAUCUGUGCUCAAAACUUCAAUUAAUGGUGUAAAGGAAUAUUAGACACUACUGUUGAUAAAUCUGGGUAUUAGAUACUCUACUGUUGAUAAAUCUGGGUAUUAGACACUCUAUUGUUGAUAAAUCUGGGUAUUGGGUAAGUAAGCUAAUACAAGAACUGGAAGAGUUGAACUUAUUCAAGUAAUCUCUGUAAUUUUAUUUCUAUUCCCAGCAAUUUUAAUAAACCGAAUUGGUAAAUUUCAACAAUCUACACCGUGUCUCAAUAUUAAAUGAAUAUUUUAAAUAUAAUUUCUGUACUUCAGUUGUUUUAUUUUUGGGUUGCGAAUUUGUAUCCUUGUGUGUAAUAUUUAGCAAAUGAGAAAUUUUAAUUAUAAGAAAUCUAUAUGAUAAAAGGGAAGAAUCUUUUUCAUUUUAUUAUGUACGGAUAUAUCAUAGAUAUUUAUCAGGAGGUCACACUUAGACAUAAGUAAAAAGAAUCUCAAAAUAGUAUUAAGUAAUUCUGUCAUUGCAAGGAUUUAUCAAAUUAAACCAAAGAUAUUUCAAAAUAAAAAAUAUAACUUAAAACAUUAAAAAAUGGCUAAAAACUUUUUUAUUAAUCUUCAAUAGUUAAAAAUAUCUUUGCUUCCAUUUAAAGGGAAAGUUUCCUAUUUUGAAAUAUCCUGUUUGAUAAAAUAUAUUUUUGAAUACAAUGGUUUAUCAGUAUUUGUGAGAAUAUGUUCAAUCUAUUCGUUUUACAUAUUAUGUAAAUUUUUUGCAAUUCUUCAAUGAUAGACUUCAAGGGUGUACAUUUCUAUUAAUUCUGUCUAUAGGCUUAAGUUUAUUAGAUAUUAAUAGAUUUUAUAUAAACAAAUUUUAUUCUUCGCACAUAAAAAUGUAAGUGUUAAGAUCCAUAGUUUAUAUUUAAUGAAUAAAAAUUUCUCAAGACCACUUCUAUAAUCAAAUAUUUUUGUAUAUCGCUGUUCUGAAAUUCGAAAAAUUAUAUAUAGUUGCUUCUAGCACGUUUUAUAUUUAUAGUAAUUUGCAAAUAUUUUUGUUGUUAAUAGAGUUAGAUAAGCUCUGCAUAAAUAUUACAUGUACAUAUUUUUCAGUUUGUAAUUUUCAAAUAACUUCUGUUGGGCUGUGACUUUCUCAAAAAUUGUUUUUCUUAGUGGAAGAGGUUCUUUUCUUAUUGGACCGACUCCUUUCAUGUACAAGUAACAUCCAGACAACCGCCAUUCGCCGCGGUUUUACUUGUUUAUUUUAUGGCGGUAAUUGCUGAAUAUCAUUUACAGUAAUUUUAAAAUAGUGUGUAACUAUGUACCAUGUAAUAGAUGUCGGUCACAUCUGAAAAGAUCGUGAAUGAUUGGUUAAUUUCGUCUAUGUUUCAACAUUCAAAAUACUCUUUAGUAGCAUUGUAAUAUUUGUAACAAGUAAUUCUGUCAUAUUAAGUAGAUUUAUACAUUACAUUCCAUUGUAUUGAUUUUGUCAAUAAAUAUACAUAAAAAUACAA